AUGAAGUUAGUUGACCACGUUGUUCGAAGUUUUAAGGUAGCGAAAGUAUUCCGAGAGAAUACAGAUAAGAUAAGUAGCAUUGACUUUUCGUCGAGUGGAGACACAUUGAUUUCCUGCAGUGAGGAUGAUCAAAUUGUGAUAUAUGAUUGUGAGAAGGGGACGCAGGUGAGAACAGUGAACAGCAAGAAAUAUGGAGUUGAUCUCAUUCAUUUUACGCAUGCUAAAAACACAGCAAUUCACAGUUCAACUAAAGUAGAUGAUACUAUACGAUAUUUAUCCCUUCAUGAUAAUAAGUAUAUUCGUUACUUCCCGGGACAUACGAAGAAAGUUGUCUCGCUGUGCAUAUCCCCUGUGGAAGAUACUUUUCUCUCAGGUUCGUUGGACAAAACAUUGCGGUUGUGGGAUCUUAGGUCACCGAACUGCCAAGGACUUAUGCAUCUGCCAGGAAGACCAGUUGCAGCAUACGAUCCUGAAGGACUCAUCUUUGCAGCUGGAAUAAACUCUGAACACAUUAAACUGUACGAUUUAAGAUCAUUCGAUAAAGGGCCAUUCAUAACUUUUAAACUAAGUCAAGAAAAGGAGUGCGACUGGACUGGACUAAAAUUUAGUCGUGAUGAAACAAUUUUGAUAUCUACAAAUGGAUCAGUUAUCCGACUGAUUGAUGCCUUCUACGGGACGCCGUUGCAGACGUUUACCGGUCAUUUAAACAACAAAGGAAUACCCAUAGAAGCGUCUUACAGUCCAGACUCGCAAUUUAUUUUCAGUGGUUCGACGGAUGGCAGAGUUCAUGUGUGGAACACAGAUACUGGGUAUAAAGUUUGUGUCCUUAAUGCAGAUCACCCCGCUCCUGUCCAGUGCGUGCAAUUCAACCCGAAGUACAUGAUGCUUGCUUCUGCGUGCACAAAUAUGGCGUUUUGGCUUCCAACAAUCGAUGAAAAUUCUUGA